AAGAGUGAAGGUUGAUGAGGUGGAGAGGGGGCGCGUGUCUGGUUACUAGGAGACCAGACGCUGGUGUAAGGGGAAAGAGAGGGAACAGCUUUUGAACCACGAGAGGGAGGCUGAAUGGGGCGGCUAGAACGAAGGCGGAAUCGCGGGCACGCGCCGAGAAAGAGGGCUACUAGGGGAUCGAGGGAGCGAGCUCGUUGGAAGGGCGGGUGAGCAGGUAGGCAGGACGUCGCUAGAUGCGGGUGCGUGGCUGGCAGCGCGCGUCCUAGGAAGUAGGCGUACGGGCGCUACCGGGGUGAUCCCGUCUGAGUGCACGCGGGCCGCGGGAGAGAGACAGAGCGAGGGCGCCGCGGCCGAGGAGGAGGAGGAGGAGGAGUAGGAGCCCUCCGCAGGUUACCACCAAAGAACAUGAUUUUGGCCUAGGGGCUCCAGUAAAUAAAGCUGAGAAAUAUCAUAAUACUCCCCAAGAAGUGAGAAACCAAGAGAGACUCAUCUAUAUGCUAAAUUUACAGGUUAUAACAAUUAAAUAAACAUAUUGAAGAUCUCAAGCAGACAAAUCAUGACUUGGAAGAACAUGUUAGGAAAUCUUUGGAACUCAGAAAAGUGUUGACCAGUUAGAUAGAUGGUUUAACCAGCCAGAAUGUGCAUCUUUGUAAAGAAUUGAUUAAAGUAGACCAACUAACAGCACCUGGAAAAAGAGAGAAUUGUUGUUGGAUACAACACACAGGGACUUUUAAAUAAUCAAAGACUGAAUUAGAUGCCAGCAAAAUAAUAUUGUAGUACUAGAAGAUAAAAUAAAGUCUUAGAUCUAUUUGAUUCCUUUGUCAAGCAAGACUUUAGGAGCAGACAAAUCAUCAUAAGAGUGAAGCUGCAAAUUUGGGAAAGAUGAUUCGAAGUAGAUCUAAAAGUCCUCGACGCACUUCUCCACCUCCUAGGGGAGCAAAUUGUGAUUCAGAGCUUAUGAAGACAAGAGAUCGUGAGGAACUUAGGUGUAUGUUGGAAAAAUAUGAACGUCACUUGGCUGAAAUUCAGGGUAACGUGAAGGUUCUCACAUCCGAAAGAGACAAGACUUUUCUUCUUUAUGAGCAGGCACAGGAAGAAAUAGCGCGACUUAGACGAGAAAUGAUGAAAAAUUGCAAGUCUCCUAAGUCAACAUCAACAGCACAUGCCAUCUUACGCCGGGUAGAAACAGAAAGAGAUGUGGCUUUUACUGACUUAAGAAGAAUGACCACAGAACGAGAUAGUCUGAGGGAGAGAUUAAAGAUUUCCCAAGAGACUGCAUUUAAUGAGAAGGCUCACCUGGAACAAAGAGUAGAAGAAUUGGAGUCUACAGUUCACAGUCUUGAUGAUGAACGUCUAGAACAAAUGGCAAAUAUGACUUUGAUGAAAGAAACCAUAACUACUGUGGAAAAGGAGAUGAAAGCACUAGCACGAAAAGCAAUGGAUACAGAAAGUGAACUUGGCAGACAAAAAGCAGAAAAUAAUUCAUUGAGGCUUUUAUUUGAAAACACAGAAAAAGAUCUUUCAGAUACUCAGCGACAUCUUGCUAAAAAGAAAUAUGAGCUACAACUUACCCAGGAGAAAAUUAUGUGCUUAGAUGAAAAGAUUGAUAAUUUUACAAGGCAAAGUAUUGCCCAGCGGGAAGAACUCAACCUUCUUGGUGCGACACUCGGUGAUAUGGCUAAAGAAAAGGAAUGCCUGCAAGCAUGCUUGGAUAAAAAAUCUGAGAAUAUUGCUUCCCUUGGAGAGAGCUUGGCAAUGAAAGAAAGGACAAUUUCGGGCAUGAAGAAUAUCAUUGCUGAAAUGGAGCAGGCAUCAAGACAGUCAACUGAAGCUCUUAUCAUGUGUGAACAAGACAUUUCCAGGAUGCGUAGACAACUGGAUGAAACAAGUGAUGAGCUUGCUCAGAUUGCUAGAGAAAGAGAGGCCUUGGCUCGUGACAAUGAUAAACUUCAAGAGGCAGUCUCCAGAAAUAAGCAGGAAAACCAGGUUUUAUCAAAAAAAUUGGCUGAAAGUCAAGCUGAGCUUAAUGAUUUAAAACAGAAGAACCAAGAGAAUCACUGUGACAUUAAUAAGUUAAAAUCUUUAAUAAAGGCUGAAGAGGCUGAGAACCGACAACUUAUGGAGGACCUCCGAAAGGCUGUUGAACAGGCUGAAAGCUGGGAAGCCAAAGCCCGCCAAACAGAGGCAGAGAACAACAAUCUCAAACUGGAACUUUUAAGUGCAGAGGCAGAGAAUAAUAGACUAAAAGAAAAAGUGGAGUCACUCAAUAGAGAGGUUGAGCAACACCUAAAUGCAGAGAGGUUGUACAAGUCUCAGAUUGCCACUUUGCACAAAUCCCUUUUAAAGAUGGAAGAGGAACUUCAGAAGGUUCAGUUUGAGAAAGUCUCUGCCCUUGCAGAUUUGUCUUCCACACGGGAACUCUGUAUUAAACUGGACUCUAGCAAAGAACUACUCAGUCGACAGCUUAUUGCCAAAGACCAAGAAAUAGAUAUGGUGGAGAAUGAAUUAGAUUCUGCACGAAAUGAAAUAGAGCUUCUUAGGAAUCAGAUGGCAAAUGAUAGAAUCUCCAUGCAGAAUCUAGAAGCUUUGCUGGUGGCCAAUCGAGACAAAGAAUACCAGACUCAAGUAGCACUUCAAGAAAAAGAAUCUGAAAUUCAGCUUCUAAAGGAGCACCUUUGUUUGGCUGAAAAUAAAAUGGCCAUCCAAAGUCGAGACGUUGCCCAGUUCAGAAAUGUAGUAACACAAUUGGAAGCUGAUCUAGAUAUUACAAAAAGACAGCUAGGGACAGAGCGCUUUGAGAGGGAGCGGGCUGUACAAGAACUUCGCCGCCAGAAUUAUACUUCUACCAAUUAUUAUCACAUGAGCUCUACGAUAAAACCAACACCUAGGUGUCAUUCACCUGACCGUGCCCUUCACCGAUCCCCAGAUCGAGGCCUAGACAGAUCACUGGAAGAAGUUCUCUUCUCCCUUUGAAAACCUAAAAGAGAGAUCCAGAAGUUGCUUUUCCCAUGAUUAUGCUCCUGAGAACAAUUUUGUCCUAGACCAACUUUUCUAAGUUGACAGAGCUCUGGAGCACUUGAAAAGAUAAGUAAAAAAUGUUGUAUUGACAUAGUCUAAUAUGAGAAAAAAAAUUAGUUCAGGUUUGUGCUGAAUGAUCUUAUCUUUCAAUAAAGUAAGCACAUUUUUAAGCCAAUGUAAGUUUCCAGUGCCCAGUCUGAGAAUUGUUAAGAGGCUUUAAUAUCAUUUCAUCUAACCCCUUAAUUUUACAGAGGAGGAAAUGGGAAUUAGGAUGUUUAGUGCCUAUCCUAGUUUUUAGUUUGGGUUUUUUUAUUUUGUUAGUGAUAGUAAUCACAACCUACAAUUUUAAUAUUUGAUUUAUAGGUUGGAUUUGUGUUUCAUAAUUUAUAUUCAGUAGGAUUACUAGCUUCAUGACAGGGAAUUCCCAGAAUUUUCUUCUUAUUUGUAACCAAACAUACAUCUUGGGAUAAUCAGAGAGCAUAAAAACAUAUAGAAACAUCUAAACUUCUAUCUAGGGCAGACCUUACAUUUGAUUAUUAGAAAUUUGUUAGUUUACAAAUGAAAAUUUUUAAAUGGCUAUGUGUUUAAUGAAUAUGUUUUUGAAAAUAAAUCAUGUUACAAUCAGGCACUGUCAUUCUUUUGUCCAAAAAAAUAAGUUACAAAAAAUAAACAUGUGCCAACAACCUUAAAGAAGAAUGAGACCUAAGGAAUAUUAUGACUUUCCAUUAUCCCAUUCUAAUUAAGUUUAUAUUCAUAUAAACUGAAUAUUCUUGACUAACUGUAUAUCCAAAUUGUCUUGAUUUUGUAACAUGGUUUGCCAUAGGAAACAAUGAAGGUGGCAAAAGGAAGAUGAAAACAGCAGUUUGUGCAGAUUUAGUAAACAAGAAAAAAUUGCAGUUUUGUUAAAAAGUAUCCUUUAUCUAUUUGUUGUAACGAAAAACACAAUAUUAUCACGUAAAGCUCAAAUCUCAUUUUAGUUAAUAAUGUCUACAUUUUUCUCAAGCAUUUUACUAGCAAUAAAAUAACAAGAUUGUGGGUUAUUUUUAUUCCUGAAUUCUGAAAAGUUAGCAAAUUUUAAAAUCAUGCAUAUAAUAGCCCUAGAAUACAUUUUUAUACAUGGUAAAAUAUACAUAUAUAUGUUCGAAUUUGAAAAUUUUAAAUUAGUAUUUUU